CAACAAAAUGGCUGCCAGUUCGUAACUCAAAUUAACAUGUCAUAAGUUUGAGACCUUGACUGCAUAUAUUGAAGACUGUCAAGAUGCCAAUCACAAAGAUUCCAGUUGUGCAUAAAUUUGGGAUUAUUUCAAGCAGCCAAAGACUUGAAUUGCAAGAGAGGCUCUUGAAACAGACUUAUCUGACAAGUUUAAAGAGCAAAAAGGCCACAGUAGCUCAGAGGAAUCCUGUUGAAGUCACUGAGGACUUUGUGCAACUUUUCAACUCUGCUCAAGAUUUUGAGGAGAAAGAACAGUACGAAGAGAGGGCAAGGAAACUUCUGGAAAGAGCUAAGAGGAGGUCGGGAGUUAUAUCAUGUGGUCAUGGUGCUCAUGUGAAUUUGCCUCUGGCUUGGACUGAGAUGGCUCAACUUGCUCAGUGUAAGGGCAGGAUACAGGAAGAAUGCCUCGAUACUCUGGUCACUUCGCUUGAUGUAUCUCCUCUGGAGAAGUACCACAUACCAGCUUUGUUUUUUCUGGCUGAGACUAUGUUGUACUGGCUGAGGACAGAGGCAGUACACCAGCCUUUCCUCAGAACUGGAGAAAUCAAACUUUUGAGGAUGGGUCAGUUAGUUUUUCAGAGACUGUUUUAUCAUCACAUGGCUGGUCAGCUCCAAGGUUACAUUGAUGCUAAAAACAGACUGUUUACCUACAUUGAUGGUCUUCACGAAUGUCAAGAGGCAUACAACCCGUACCCCAACGCACUUCUGUCCCUGAGAUUUAUUAUCGAGGUUGGGAAGAUUAUCCUGGCAGACUCUCAGCUGGAGCCAGGCGACAUCAAGGAAGGAGACAAACUGCCAGAGGCUCCGAAACACAACAUGGAGGAACUCAGCUCGGUGACAAAGGAAAUGUAUGAGAGGCGGAACCAGGAGGACACGCGCUCCAUCCACAGCGGAGCCAUCAGCAGCUCUGUCCACGACCUGAGCCCCACACUGUGGCACGCCCUGGACGUCUGGCGCUGCACCAACAGUCUGGGAGGUGGGCUCAGGGAGGCCCUCAAGGCCUUGGCACACUGUGGCCUCGGACUGGCCAGUGAGACCUGGGUGGAUGGUGUAGUCGCAAUUCAAAUACUUGGAGAAACAGCAAAAACCAAUAUGGCUGCCAUGAAAGUACUACAUCGGUUGGCUCAGGGAGUGAAGACAACAGAAGACUUGCUUACUCCCCCUUUGAGCAGCCGCAGCGGAGGAUCAGAUAUGUUCAGUAUUUCCAGUGAUGGUGGUGACCUUGAUGCUGGUAUGGACUCAGGGACCAAAGUGUCGGAGUCAAGGGAGAGUGAGUACAGCUCCAAGCCAUCUCUCAGCGACAUCUACGAGAGAAGUGAAGAGGGAGAUGCGGAAAAGAGACAAGCUGCAACAAUUACAGGCUCAUCGGGAACUGAGGGCAGUAAAGGCACUGAUUUGAGUGAUCAGUCCUUGUCGAGCAAGAAUUCACCAAAGACAGCCGACACACUUGAAGAAAGAGAAGAAGAAGAGAAACCACGGCCUGCAAUCCGAGAGGCAAGUUUUGGUGGAACGUCUCGACUUGUCCAACGUGAAGUGUCUUUUGAUGAGUCUGCUCUCCGAAAGUCAAGUGCUCCAGAUCCUUUGAAGAGCAGUCAGGGAUAUGCGAGUGUGGGCUCAGACAAGGGACGUCACAACACGCAGGACUCCAAGCUCAGCCUGCGCAGUCUGGAGGUGGACCGAACUACGGGAUGGCGGGCGGAGGCUGGCUCAGCAUUCAAGAGUGGGAGAGCAUCGGAAGCCAGCUCGGUGCCGACCUUCACCAACAUGCCGUUCCCCGACACGCCCGGCAUCACUGGCUGGCACUGGGAAGUGGCCAUCAUGUACACAGAAGUUCUGGCUGGGGUCGUGCUGUACGGGAACACGGCGAACAUUCAGAAACAUGCCUUGGUUGGCAGCAACAUUGACGUGGAAAACAUCCAUCGCCGAAGCUACAACAACAGCAUCAGUGGUAUCGGGAGCAGUCAACUCAGCAGUGCGGGGCUGCUGGAUCUCGCCUUCUUUAAACCGAAGAAUGAAACCAAGGACGGAGGUCCAAAUGAUUGGAGUUGGCGUAUCCGCUACGGAGCCAUUCAGUCAUUGGUGAAAAUUUGCCGCAGUCUUCAGGGGGAUACGACUAGAGAGGGGCUGCGUUCAGCUGCAUGGAAUACUCUGCUCAGGGCAAACAGCAUGGAGAGAGAUUCUCGUGUGUUGGAGGCUCUCAAGGUUGGACAGGUGCAUACAGACGCGGACAGUUACCUCGGCCCAGCAGUGCGAGAACAUCCAACUUCACUGGGCAUCCACAUUGCCGGUGGCUUGUCAGUUAUCUACUUACCGCCGAUACCGCCCCCUGCCACAGCGUCACCGAGCAAGAAGACUCCACCGAGACCACGGCCGAAACCGCAGUUCUCUACCAUGACAAAAACCGCUGGAGUGAAGCCACUUAGGACAAGUCUCAAGCAAGAAAUUGAACUGGCCACAGCCUUGUACGAACAAGCCCCAGAUUAUAAUACCAGAAAAAGCUUUGACCUGAGACGUAUCAUGGAGGAUCAGUGGCGUAAAGAACUACAGGCUAAACUGGAAGAGGAAGAAGAAGAAGAGCUGAAAGCUCUGAAAGAGAAACAAGAAAAAGAGGAGCAGAGGCAAAGAGAAACUAAUGAAGCGAAGGCGAACAAAUUCAAGAAAAAAAUAACAGCCAAGGAAAGUAGCCAGAAGAUGUCUGAAGAAAGUGCAACGGCAAAUAUCAAGCUUGGUAUUCCCAGAAAUGAGCCUCGCCUUGGGAGUUUUUGAGCACUUUAUAUUUUGUUUUUGUUCAAUGAAAUUUUUUUUUUUCUCAGGAUGAACAAUAUGCCUGUGCCAUCUUCUGAACAAACUGUGGUACACUUCCUUUUCUUUAUAAUUUAUAUAUAGAGCUCUUUUGAUUUUAUUUUGUUAAAGUUCAUUGUAACAAAAGUAGCAUUUUUUUCUUUGUUGUUUUUGUAGCAAAGUCGGUGUUCUUUAUUUUGUAUGCAAAUUUUGGUACACUUUUCUUUCUUAUGGCCCUUUCGAUCGUUUUUUACUUCGCGGUUUUUGUUACAAAGUUAGCAUUUAUUUUUGUGUCUGCGUUGUUGUUGUGUAGAGGUUAAUGUCAGUCAGGCAACACAAAAGUCAGUUAAAAUUGUUUUGUAGUGUGAAAGUCUUCUUCUUUCUUUUGUCAGGAAUGUCAGAUGUCCCUUUUUUGAGUGCCAUGUUAGUGAUCUUAUUCGUAUCAGACCGUCAUUGACUACGAAAAUGUGAGUGGGUAGGUACAGUUUCAACAUUAAAAUAGAACAGAGAAUUUGAAUAAUUCAGUGCUACUGACUGAAGUGUCUUUAGGCCAUUCCCAAAGGGGGGACAUUAACAUGUUCUUAAGCACAGUAGA